GUUUGCAUUUCGGGGGAAAGACGCAUCUCUGAUACUACUGUCCAGAGCAGCUGAGAAGGAUCCCAUUGCGACGGGGGAAAAAACGCAGUUUGGGCGCAUACGCUCUGGAGGUGGGACAGUCAAAAUGAUGCGUGGGUGGUGCAGCGUUGAGCCGUAUUGAUGGAUGUGUUAAGAGACAGCAGUCUCACAUUGAUCGUGAAGACUUCAGAACCAGAGAAUGCAAAUACUGUGGAGAACACAGGAGUAUGUGAGCAGAGUGGUGAACUGAGUCUGUGCGGGCUAGUCGAUGCUGCUCUCCCUCCAUCCUCCUUACCUUCUCCUGCUGCAGAGACUUCACAGCGGCCCUGCCUGACACACCAGAGGACCACUACCACAUCACCAUCCCUCCCCCUGCCCCUUGUCGCUGACCCCUCUCUGGACCAAGCAGUGGCCCCCUGCCCUCCCUCCAAUGACACUCCAUCCCCUGUAGUCCCCCAUCUUCAACGUGCUCCUACACCGCUUCCCACCCCAGCUGUAAACUCCUGGGACCCACCAGGAGGUACCCAGAAAACUUCCCUUCCGCUGCCUGUUGCCCUCCCUCUGUCAGCUGCAAUGAUGGAGCCUGGCGCUGUCUCCACUCUGACUGAGGAAUGUCUUCUUCAGCCUGCCCGAACCUGCCUUGGUUGCUUUAUUGAAACACGGGAUGCUGGUGACGCCAAUUCCAUCCAGAAUCCACCCCAUGACCCCAACGUCAACUCCGAUACAGACCCUGGACUAAGUGUUCGGAUAGGGGAUGUGAGCCGAGAGGACUUCUCUGACAUCAACAACAUCAGCAUCCAGUGCCUGAGCCAUGCAGGGGAGACAGUGAGUCACUAUGGGGAGCAGCUCCUCUCUGACCAGCUUCUUAGCUUUCCCCUGCCAAAAGCCCCAAGUGAGGGCAAGAGAGCAGAUGGGAACAAAACAACAGAGGAGUGUGAUGACCCAGAGGAUGAUGCAACAGCUAAGAACUUGUAUGAGGGACUGUUACUGGACAAGGUUAGUGGAGAAGAGGUCCUGUUGGCUAAUGCCAGUCAAGACUGGGGUUAUUUUGAGUCUUUCAUCAGUGAAAGUAAGAUGGAACUGCUGGACCUUUGUUCUAAGAAUGAACUAUCUGUCAACCUUUUCUCUGAGGAGGAUGUUGACAAUCUAUUUGAUGAUGAAGAUGAUGAUUCAACGUUAAGCAGUGAUGUCUGCUCUCUGAAGAUUCGUUAUGAGUCUUUCCAGGACAACAUGAGGGAAAAAACAAAUGUGCUCCAGGAGGAGACACAGUUUAACUUCUUCCCGAGCGUCCUGGCCAACUGUGCAAAGAAAGAUGAAGGAGCAUCAGUCUUGAGGAGGAGCACAGAGGAGCUACAACCCAAAACGGAUGAGCUCAUUGUGGAGGCAGCACAAGAAGGGAAAGCUGGGGACUGCAGUGGUAGGAGCCCUCUUGAUGGCUCUCAAGGCUCCCCUAUGUCCACCUCCAAAGUCAGCUACCUAAUAGACUUUAAUUCCACAGAGGAGUCAGGAGAAUUCAGUGAUGACAGCUCCUGCACUGGCUCCUCCUUAGACACCCUGCAGGAGGGCAAGUUUAAAAAGGGUCACUCAAAGAGAUUCCUCAGUCCCUCAAACCCUCUGAAUUACGGCUUGCGUUCCAAGAGAAAAGUCCGAUACAGUGAUGAUUACUUAUAUGAUGUUGACUCGCUUGAGAGUGAAAAGAAUGCUGAGAAAAAAGAGAAAGCUCCUUCUGGUCAGAAAGAGGAGGAAGAUGUAGACUGGUGCCCCAAAAAACGUCGGAAAUCUUGUCGCAAAGAGCCGCCCGUGGUCAUCAAAUACAUUAUUAUCAACAGGUUUAAAGGAGAGAGACUCAUGUCAGUGAAACUGGGCAAGCUGGACCCUGUGGAUGCAACUGUGAGCCUAAACGCUGACACAGUAAGCAAAUAUGAGACACUGGCUCCUCUGAAGGAUUUCUGGCAGGAGAAGCAAAGAGAGAGACAGGAACAGCUUAAGCUGGCUGCCAGAGAUAAACAACAACGUGGUUUUCAUCUAAAUGGACGCCAUCAUCGCCCUUUCAAUUCUAGUCAUCCCAAAAGGAAAUACAAGAUUGCAAACAGGCUUAAGGUUCAGAGGAUUCACACUGUGGAGCAAUCAGCAACAGCACAGGGCUCUCCUCUCUCUGAUCAGGGCCAGGGCGGUGUCACUAAAGAGGAGGCCACCCCUACGGUAGGAGAAAUAAUAGCAACCCCAUGCCUCCCAGUCACAUUAGAAACAAACUCUAUCAUGCACACAGUCACAACCAAGAGCCGCUCCCAGGAGAGGGAGGAGAGGGAGGGGAGGAGAUUGGGAGGAAAUAAAACAGUCAGGAUAAGAAAAUUCAAAAGCGAAGCCAGGCUGAGGAGCAAGAAAAUGAAAGAGGCAGAAGGAGAGGAGGGGAGGAGCGUGACAAAUGAAACGGAUGCCUGUGUCACUGCGGCACAGAUUGAAGACCCUACUGCUGGGGUAGAACAGGCGGGCAUUAGUUCAACUACAGUCAAACCCCAUUUCUCUGACAAUACCACCACUGCUCAUGCAUCUGAAGAGAAAUUUCCCUUUAUUUCAUCCACCUGCUCUGCUGAAAAAGCUCCCUCCACAGACGAGGUGGAGACGGGUGUCCCUGUCAUCCCAGGAGGCUACCUGCAGACCCUGUUAGAUGCUACAGACUCCUCUGGUGAAGCAACUAUCUCCUAUUUCCCCCAGCAGUCCUCUAGGCAGCAGUAUUCUUUGGGGCUGUCCCUGGAGGAGAAACAGUUUGCGUCUCUCCAGCUCGCUCAGAGCUGCGUCCUCUCCCCGCCCUCUGAGUCAGAGCUCCAGCAGUCUCCCCAGAACUGCCCUAGCUUCCCCCAGAUGUGGCACCCACAGCUCUGUGCAAGUCACAGCCAGAGCUUUGGGCCUGAAACCCCUGAGACUCCCAUCUUACCCAACAACUUCCCAGCUGCUGUGCCCCUGAAUGACAGUCUGCCAGUGUCUAACUACAGCCAGCUGAGCCCUGAGGCUGACAGGUUGCUUUAUGAGAAGAGCUACCUGACUGAGGCGGGGCUACAGCCUGGGGCAGAUCUGCAAGUGUGUCAGUCUGCCUGUGUAGAGGGCCAGGUGCAGUACCAGAGAGGGUCCCUGUGCACAGACAAUGGUAGGCUCAUCAGCUAUGACUCAGUGGGCUCUCUGUCAGCUUCCUCCAGCAAUUACAGCUCUCUCAGCCUCAAAUCUUGUGAGCGAGAGGGUGAGGAGGAGGGCCGAGACAGCUUCUUAGCUCAUUGCAGUCCUAAAGUGGUGAUUCAGCAGAGUGUGGAUGCCCUUACCCCACUCAGGGAGUCCUCAGACCUGCUGGAUAUCUCUAACUUCACUCCUGACAAGUUCAGACACUCAUCACUGUCAGAGCUUUCUCCUCCUGAGACCCCCAACCUGUCCCCCCAGGUGGUGGGGCGUGAAAUGAAGAUGGCAGGGAAUGCUGGAGAAUAUCAGGAUGUGAAUGAUAUGACUAUGGACUGCAACAGGGAGGUAAAGUGGAACUGUGAUGCUGUACGGCAACAGGAGCACACAGCAAAUGCCUACACAGUGGAGGAGAGUCAGUUUCCACUGCACAACUUUAACGGUCAGGAUGUCAUAGGUUUAGAUAAAAAGGAGCUGGGAGCUGCUGAAUUUGAUGAACAGACUGGUGAGAUUUUGGCUGGUGCAAAAAGCAUAAAAUCAAAGAGGAAAGGGAGUUGCAAACAGACAGCUGCAGGACAGAGUCAAAAGAAAGCUCGGGCUCCCAGAGCUCCCAAGGCAGAAAAGGUCAAGACUCCCAAACAGAACUCUCGGUCCACCAAAAAGAUAAAGGCCAUGUUAGAGGGCAAGGCAGCAAAGAACCAGGCAGGUGGUUGUGGCACAGGCCUGACUGACAGUAGCAGCACUGGGGACUGGCCUGGCACUGGCUGGUCAGAGAGUAACAGCCUGGUAGCAGAUGACCAGAGAGAAUUUGAGGAACCCUCCAAUAUUCUGUCCAACAUUGUCUCUGGCAUGGCUGAAGUCCAAAGGUUCAUGAUGGCCUCCAUUGAGCCACUGUGGAAUCCCAUGUCUGAGGCCUGCAUGCCCUCCGAGGCCAACAGCCUCAACCUAAAGACCCUCAAAAUCUUGGCAGGAACAGAGGCUGACCUGAAGAAAAAAGGAGCUGUGUUAACAGGAGCUGGCAGAGGCAGAAAGGCGGGCGGAAAGGGAAGCAAAAACCAGGCCAAAUUCACCCCCACUCAUCCCUUAUUCCCUCAACUAGCGCUGGGCUGUAAUAUGUUUGAUAAACCCAACUUUAUUAACCCAGGGCCUGCACACAAAAAGCUCUACCGUCACAAGACAAGUGCAAAGUUCCCUCGGAUUGAGACACUGAAGGGGAAGCGAGCUGAGAGAGACCCAAAUAAGGACAUAGCACUGAUGACCUCUUUUGAGAAACUGAGGUAAUAUUUUGUUAUCAGCUGCUGUUUUUCCCCUUUCUCAUCCCUUCCCCCCUCACUACCUGCUCAGCCCUCCCUCCCAAACAUACCUACACUGAGGCUAUGCCAGAGCUGCAUGAGUACUACGUUUCCCUUGACUCCUUCCACUUCCUUUUAACCCACCUGAAGAGGAAAUUAAUAUCUGCAUGACAAACUUCUUGUACUUUGCAAACUACCUAUUGAGUGAUUGUGUCAAGCUUGAUUGAGAUUUGAAACGACCAUGGCUGCAUUUUUUUCUUGCUUUUGUUGUUUCUGCUUUGUUUGUUCUUCUUAUAGUCGUUUUUGUUUUACUUUUGUCUGAAAAAAAAGAACAAGCCUUGAAAACAGUUCAGUCGCCUUUUUGAAGAACUUUGUUUUUGUAUUUUCUCAGCAAAACUAGCUCCCCUGAAUUAUAUAUUUAUUUCCCUUUCCCCUAAAAAUGUAGCUAUAUACACAAAUGCAUUGAGUGACAUCUACGCACCCCCCCUCCUCAUCUGUUUUUGUAUGCAGAAUAUGGAUGUCCUGUUGUUGCUGUCCUUCAUACACUGCCUGGCUCAUUGCAAGAGGGAAACCUACAAUUAAUGAGCUCUAUUUAAACCCAAGACAUCUUUACCACACGAGAUGGGACCAUUUUGUAUUGAUGACAUAUCAGACGUUGUCUUUUUCCCCCUAAGAGUUGGAAUAACUCCCAUUUCUUUUAAUUGAGCAUUUCUUUCUUUCUUUUUCCCCUGGAGUUUAGAGGAACUGGUGAUCAAAAUUUACAUUUUUACGCCUUGCAAAUUCAUAAAAGCUCCACCCACAGAGUAUUUUUGUCAAUGUUGUUGUACAGGGACAUGCAAUAUUUGCAAAAAAGAAAAAAGAAAAAAAAGAUUAUAAUCUUAAAAUCAAUGUGCCAAAAGUAACAAUGCUGUGUAAAUGACCUCUUAUAUAUGUGUGAAUAUUGGCUGUUCCUCUUUUCUAUCCAUUGGAAUAUUGGCUGCUCGGGUUGGAGACUCCUUACAGAGACUUGCAACUACAGGAAUUCUUUGAGACUUUUUCUCUCUUCUCUGAUGAAAGGCACCAACAGCUGGCAGUGGUACACCACCACUUACUAAACCAAAUCAGAAAGACUGAAUUCUCCUAGUUUCCCCCACUUUGUUUGCCAAAUUCAAUUUACCUCAACAUCGCCUGGCACUGAGAAGCAACAAAAGAGAGGCAAAGGGGAGAUCUGCUCUGAAGGCCACUGCAGAGGAAGGAGAUGAAAAAAAAAAAUUCAAACAAGCUCUCUGGACCAACGAGAGUGUAGUCGUGUAUAUGUCUGAGGGAAAGCAAGGGAGUUAUUUGUCAUUUGGGGCUGGGCCUCACUGAAUAGCUGUUUGUACUGGAAAUUUCAGGCAGAUUAUUACACACAGAGAUUCUGAUGCAUGCAUCAGCUGUGAAUGGACAAUUUUGCAGUUUGGUUUAUUGUGAAUGUGAAAGCAGUUUUCAGUACAAAUGGAAUCAGUAGUCGUG